AGAAUAACAAUUUUUCAAAUCAAUGGAUAUAAGAUCUAAUGUUCAACAAAAAGUAAUGUUAAAGAAUCAUUUUAUGUGGAGAUUUUAAUCAUAAUAACGUACAUUUAGACUAAUUGACUAACAUUUAGAAUAAUCAGACCUGAAAUUCACUAGAACAACCUUAGAAAAGGUAGUGUAAUCCCUCUUAGACUCCAUUUUUACUCAAGACAAGCAUACAGCAAGAAAAAUCACCUAUUUACUAAACUCUCAGAUCAUGCAAGAAUUAACUAUCAACUAACUCUUUAAGGACCUAAAAUCAGAAAAAACAUAGGAUUAGCUGGAGUAAGACGAACGCUUAUAACCUCAACUAAGAAGCACAUUAAAAUGUAAUGAUUUUUAAACAUGGUACAACUAUGUAAGAUAUAAUCUAAGAAAACGACAAGUAAUUAAAAAGAUCCUUGUAACUUUACCAAAUCAAGCUAAAAGAAAAUAAACAAUUUAAGUAUAAUUUAUGAAAAUGGCUACAUUAUUUAUUCAACCAAACUUCAAGUCAGCUUUCCAAAAUAUAAAAGAAUGGCAACUCUUAAUCCUCAAAAAACGAAGCUCGCAUCUUUUGAUGCUUCAAGGAUGACCAAGGUAAUAUAUAUACUUACCUAGACUGUGAAUAAAAUUUACUACAAGAAUUAGACAGAAUUUCCAAGAGAAGUAUAUAUCAGCCUCUCAGCCUUACUAUUUUGCCCCCUAUGUCAAAUGAAGAAAUUCAAAAGCUAUAAAAACUCAUGUCAAGGAUAAAGUUAUUACUAUAGAUGGUAUAUCAGACACUUUUAUUAGGAAAACAAAAAAUCCAAACAUAUUAAAGAUCUCUGGAAUGAUAAUACUCGCCAAAUAAAUAAAUAUAUUGGUCAAGCUAGUGUCGUCCCACUAAAUAAGUUAUACACAAAAAUCCCCUCAAAAUAGCGCUUUAGACCUUUCACAAUACUUAGCCCAUUAUUUGCAAGAUUUAAAGAAUUUGCGAGCAUCAUCUAAAAUAUGAACAAAUGGCUUCAUAUCUAAUAGAGGAACAUAAGUAGAUAUAGAGAAAUUAGUCUCUUAUUUAGACAGUGUAAAUAGAAAGGAGAGGAAAUGUUUAAUCUUUAUAAAUUUUUCAAAUGCAUAUUGCACCUUCAUCAGAAUCAAGUUAUUUUAAAUUAUGGAAGAAAAAUAAGUAUUAAACUUGAACGAAUUAACAUUCCUAAAAGGACUAUACUCGUUACUUCAUUAUUAAGACCCUAUCAAAGAAUAGAAAAAUGUUGGUUUAAGAAUGGAGGCGUCUAAGGAUCCCCAUUAUCACCAUCACUAUUCAAUAUUUACUUGGAUGCUUUCUUAUAAGAUUUAUCUUCAAAAUGAAUCAGGAGCU